AUGACGAUCAUGGUGUACUACGAAUGGUACCCACAAAUCUUGUGAUAUUUGUUAAAAUGAAAGUUUACCCGCGUCGAAUAUCGCGGUACGCGCAGUAGAUUAAUUUAUAACAUUUUCUUUAUGAUAUUAUCUUAACAUUAUAUUAAAAACAAAUCGUUACAUGGCGAAUUUGUUUUCUUAAAUAGUAUAAACGAAGACUAUAACUGAAGAACUCUUUAAUGCCAGUGGGCUUGAGAACGAACUGAAAAUUUGUACAACUGUAUAACUUUCAACCACUUAAGUUGUAGAUGUUUUGCUCACAACUAUUUUUUUAUACAAACUUAUAUUUACCUGAUAAUCAUAAAUGUAUUAAGGAAAGGUAGUACAGUAGAAGCAGAGCUGCUGCAGGUACUUUCGAUACUUGUGGUGGUCGGUGAAUGGUGUUGCAGAUAGACUCGGUGUGGGGCUGGGCGUCACCCCCACUGCGCCUCCAGCUAGCUGGAGGGACCAGGGGUGCCUCAGGGAGACCAGGGGCAAGUGUCCCAUCCUCACAAAGGAUGGGUGACAUGGUUGUAGAACGUGCUACCUCUCCAGCACGUUUAAGUCAUACAUCGGAAAAGCAUCCUCGUGCUAUGCUUACUGAACUCAAUGUUCUUCGUCGUCAUAGAGAAUUAUGUGACGUUGUUCUUAACAUUGGUUCUAGAAAGAUAUUUGCACAUAGAGUCAUUCUUUCUGCUUGCAGUCCUUAUUUCAGAGCUAUGUUUACUGGAGAGUUAGCAGAAUCUCGUCAAACUGAAGUUACAAUACGUGACAUAGAUGAAUUGGCAAUGGAAUUACUCAUUGAAUUUUGCUACACUUCACACAUUAUUGUCGAGGAAGCAAAUGUCCAAACUCUCCUUCCAGCAGCAUGCCUUCUUCAGCUAGCAGAAAUUCAAGAUAUAUGCUGUGAAUUUUUAAAACGACAAUUGGAUCCGUCGAAUUGUUUGGGUAUAAGAGCUUUCGCAGAUACUCAUUCAUGUCGAGAACUUUUACGUAUUGCUGAUAAAUUUACUCAACAUAAUUUUCAAGAGGUAAUGGAAAGUGAAGAAUUUCUGUUAUUACCUGUUGGACAAUUAGUAGAUAUUAUAUCAUCGGAUGAAUUAAAUGUACGAACGGAAGAACAAGUUUUCAGUGCUGUAAUGAAUUGGGUUAAAUAUAAUGUAACAGAAAGAAGACAACAUUUAGCACAAGUUUUACAACAUGUGCGACUGCCACUUUUAAGUCCAAAAUUUUUAGUAGGCACUGUAGGAUCAGAUUUAUUAGUUCGUUCAGAUGAUGCAUGUAGAGAUUUAGUUGACGAAGCAAAAAAUUACUUAUUAUUACCACAAGAAAGACCAUUAAUGCAAGGACCCAGAACACGUCCUAGAAAGCCUACGAGAAGAGGCGAGGUAUUAUUUGCUGUUGGUGGUUGGUGUUCUGGUGAUGCUAUUGCAAGUGUAGAAAGAUUUGACCCUAAUACCGGAGAUUGGAAAAUGGUUGCACCAAUGAGUAAACGAAGAUGUGGUGUAGGAGUAGCAGUUUUAAAUGAAUUACUAUAUGCUGUUGGCGGACAUGAUGGACAAAGUUAUUUAAAUAGUAUAGAGAGGUACGAUCCCCAAACAAAUCAAUGGUCUUGUGAUGUUGCACCUACAACAUCUUGUAGAACGAGUGUAGGUGUUGCAGUUUUGGAUGGUUAUCUUUAUGCAGUAGGUGGUCAAGAUGGAGUACAAUGUCUUAAUCACGUUGAAAGGUAUGAUCCUAAAGAAAAUAAAUGGUCAAAAGUAUCGCCAAUGACUACAAGAAGAUUAGGAGUAGCUGUUGCUGUGCUUGGUGGUUAUUUAUAUGCUAUCGGCGGGUCCGAUGGACAAUCGCCUUUGAAUACUGUAGAAAGAUAUGAUCCUAGACACAAUAAAUGGUCUCAAGUAUCUCCAAUGUCCACUAGACGUAAACAUUUAGGCUGUGCAGUAUUUAAUAAUUUAAUUUAUGCUGUGGGAGGACGCGAUGAUUGUAUGGAGUUAUCUAGCGCAGAAAGAUACAAUCCUCACACAAAUUCAUGGAGUCCUAUAGUAGCCAUGACUUCGAGAAGAAGUGGAGUUGGUUUAGCAGUAGUGAAUGGUCAAUUGUAUGCAGUAGGUGGAUUUGAUGGAACAGCAUAUCUAAAAACGAUUGAAGUAUACGAUCCAGAACAAAAUCAGUGGAAACUAUGUGGUUGUAUGAAUUAUAGACGACUUGGUGGAGGUGUGGGAGUUAUGCGAGCUCCACAAACUGAAAACUAUAUUUGGUAGCUCAGGCUACCCUCUUCAGCCCAAACGGCUGAAACGCCAGUGACUCCUCUUACGCCGGUAACUCCUGUUACACCUGUAACUCCCCCUGCUCCAAUAUCGGUUCCUAUUGUUAUAACUAAUUCUAGAAAACGGUACCGUCGUUCAAUGAGCAUUAUAUGAAAGAAACAUUUGCAUUUUACAAAGAGAUUUUGCCUUUCUGCCGAUGAAGUCUAUCUCUUAAAAAAAUAUUUUGUAUAAAUAUUUUGAAUCAUAAUUUAUAUCAGGGACCGAAACUGAUAUUAAAAAUAUUAGUAUGGAAUCAAUCUAUACGUCUAUUUGCAUCGAAAAAUCAUUUUGUAUGAUACCGAAGUGUAUCAUAUUGUUAUAAUAAUGAGUCCAUUUAUAGAAAUUAAAGAUGCCUCAAUAAUACCAACAUUAACAUAUGAUGUAGCAAGAUUUGUAAUUAUAUAAUAGAUUAAUUGAAAAUCGGUUCCUGAUUGAGAAAAUUAUUUUAUUACUUAUUCUAAUUUAAUUAAUAAUAUAUAUAACAUUAUUAUAUAUGGAUUUACUCUGAAAGGUUAUCGAGAUUUUUGGGAAAAACAUUUUUAAAAUUUUAAAUUGAACUAUUUAGGAAGAAAAAAUGCAAAAUUAUUGAAAUAUUGUUUUGUAUUUCUAAUUAAUUGGUAUCAAUGUAUUUCUUAUAUGAAGACUUAUAUUGGAUUCUCUUAUUUCUGCAAUAUAAUCCAGUAUUGCUUCUUGUAUUUUAAUUACUUCAGUGUUGCUGUCAUGCCAAUCCUUUGUAAUAGCAACAACUGUAUAUAUACUGGAUAAUGCUAAUAAUUUGUGCAUACUAUAACACAUACAAAUUUGAUUGUUUGAAGUAAUAUUUAAUAGAUAUUUUGCUUUUUAGUAGUUAUUUUAAGAAACUACCAAAGUAAAUGUAUAUUUUUAUGUUCUUUUUUUUUGUAUCUAUGAGACUGAUUGAUCAAUUUAUGUAAAUGUCAAGUUGUUAAAUUGAUUUUUUGUCAUAGUUAUAUCACUCAUCAUUUUGUGAUAAAAAUGCUUAAACAUUGGAUGUUUACUUGAAAUUUAUUCACAACA